AUGCGCGCUUUUCUGAUGCUCUGCUUGGUGGCCGUUGCCCGCGGUCAAUAUGAUUAUACGCCAGGAUCUCAUGCCGGAGAUGGGCAUGGUGGUCUGAUUGGUGGCGGUGCCGUUGAUAGGGGAUCAGCUCAACUAUCCGAACCCAUUCUGAUUGCCAACGAAUUCAACAAGGAGUUCUUUUCGUAUAGCGCCCCAGAGCAGGAAUUUGAUAACUCGCAAGCCAAUGAACAGAUUGCCAACUCAUUGAAGAAGAAUCUUCGUGUGCUGUUCAUUAAGGGACCCGAGAACUCUGGCCUGGAGAAGGCCGCUCUGCAAUUGGCCACAUCCGCAUCCGAUGAUCGCACUGCCAUCUAUGUCCUCAACAAGCAGGCUGACAUUGGAGAGCUCACCAAUCGUUUGAACCAGAUCAAACUCCAGACGAACAACAAGCCCGAAGUGCACUUUGUCAAGUAUCGCACUCAGAGUGAUGCGGAGAAUGCUCAGCGCACUAUUCAGGCUCAGUAUGACACUUUGCCAGGACCAUCGAGCAAUCACAAUGCUGGCUCAUCGGCUCCCGUUUUGGACUUUGCUUCGCGGGGUGCUUCUUCUGGUGGUUCUGUGGGUGGUUCUGUGGGAGAUAUUGAUCUAAAUGCACCAUCGACUAGCGCGUAUUUGCCACCACCUAACCGAAAGUUUUAA